GCGGGAUAAAGGCAGCUGCUUUGGCGAGUUUUAGAUAGCUCGUUACCACGACGGAUACAUCAGUCUAGUAUUCCGCUCCCUCGGAAACCAUGCAGCUCCUCUGGCUAAUAUGUCACUUGGCAGUCGUUACCGCGAUACCACUGCUUCCUUCGUCGUUCAUUCGGACCCGGAGAACGGCGAAUACGAUUAAUGACGCGAAAACAGAUCCGGACCACAACAACCAUGAAAGUCAAAAUCCACAAAUUUGUGACACCGCGCAGUGCCACGAGAUCGCGAAGCAAAUUCAGCAAAGCAUAGAUACUACCGCGGAUCCUUGCGAAGACUUCUACCAGUACGCUUGCGGCUCAUGGGGCAAGAACAAUCCUGUACCAGAGGGCAUGGACUCGUGGUCUCAGCAUUACAUUAGCUUGGACAAAACUCAAAAACGAAUCAAAGGCAAGAAAAUAUUUUCUCGAUUUAUUUUAGUAUUAGAAAAAGCAGAUGGAGAAAAUAUGAUUGCUUCACUAUUGUUUCAAUCUACUGCUUUGCUUCAUAAUACGUAUAUUCAUGUACUUUUAAAUUUUCUCUUUGAAGAACUCCUUGAGGAAGAAAUCAGUUCUACCGAUAUCCUGCCUGUUAGAAUGGUUAAAGAAUUUUAUCGUUCCUGCAUGGACGUAGAUGCAAUUGAGAAAAGAGGCUUUGAGCCGAUUCAAGAGGUCCUGAAUCAUACUGGAGGAUGGCCAAUGGCGAUGCCAGUGAGCGAAUGGAAUGAAAUACCGUGGCAAAAAAUUGAUAAGGAAUAUAUAUUAAUGGAAAGCGAAGCUUUCUAUUCUUUUGAUUAUGAUAUUGAUCCGAAUAAUAGAAAACGCUACAUAUUGGAGAUAGGUCGAGUUACUGAAGAAGAUACUUCCUACGUAAAAAGGGAACCUAUCGAAGCAUACAUGGCUGAUAUAAAAUACAUAGCUAACAUUUCUGCAAGACAAAAUGGUUACACUCUAGAUGAAAAUCAGUUAACUUCCGAUGUAGAAGAAAUGGUUCACUUUGAACUUCUACUUGCAAACAUUACUGUUAAACAGUUAAACACCGAGAAUUUCAAAAACAGGAAAAGAAUGACGAUCGAAGAAUUGCAAAAGUAUUAUAAUAAUUUUAAUAUUACUGCACCUCCGGCGAAGAUAGACUUUUUGGAAGUAAUACAAAAUGUAUGCAGUAAAGCGAACAUUCACGUAAACUCGUCUGAAUCCAUUCUAGUGAAAAAUCCCAAAUUCCUGCACCAAGUGGCCACCUUACUUGGAAACACAACCCAACGUACGCUAGUAAACUACGUUCAAUGGAAUAUGGUGAAAAAGUUCAUGUCAUAUACCACGCAGGAGAUGAGGAACAUAAAGUUUGCCAAGUCAGACAACUUUACCAACCCUACCCCACGAUGGAGAACUUGCGUGAACGAUUUGGAAAUGAAGACCGCUAUUUCCUAUAUGUUCGUUAAGAAAUAUAUGCCAGACUACGCUAUUCACGAGGCAAUGAAAGUGGUUAAAGGCAUGAAGGAAGAAUUAAAAAACCAGGUAGAACGAACACAUUGGCUCCCAAGUUCUAUAAAAUUAGACAUGUCGCAAAAGAUAGAUGAUUAUGGGAUAGAAAUUGGAUAUCCAGAGUGGUACAAGAACGAUGAUGCAGUUACUCGAUAUUACGAUGGGCUUUCCAUUGGUUCGGAUUACUUUCAAAAUAUCUUAAACGCCUUAAAAAAAAAAUCAAAAAAGCUGGAAAUACUAAGGCAGGUUGUUGAAAAAAGCACUUGGGUGGAUUAUCCUACGACGUAUAAUGCAUAUUACAGUCCAGAUACCAAUACAAUUUUUCUAUUAGCGACUCAACUGCAAGAUCCUUAUUUCACUCCAAGUUUACCAGACGCUAUUAUUUAUGGAGGUCGCGGAUUUACAAUUGGACAUGAAUUAGGCCAUGGUUGCGAUAAAACAGGAAUAGAGCUUGAUAAAGACGGUAACAAAAUUCCAUGGGAAUCUCACAACGCGUUAGAAGGAUACGAUCAAAGAGCGAACUGCUUCGUCGAUCAGUAUUCUAACUAUAUCCUGCAUAUCUCAAACGAUACUAAGGAGGACAUUAAGUUAAAUGGAACUAACACCAACGGUGAAGAUAUAUCGGAUUCAGUUGGUGUGCAAAUUGCGUAUUCGGCGUAUAAGAAAGCAGAGAAGGAGAGAAUUCAAAGCAAAUUACCAGGUUUUGAAGAUAUUUCCAACGACAAGCUUUUCUUCUUAUCUUUGGCAAAUUACUGGUGUGCCACGACGAAGUCAGGAUACGACGAAUAUAUGGAAUUCGACGAACACAGUCCUUUCAAAUAUCGCGUCAUAGGAGCCCUGUCGAAUAUGGCCGCGUUCUCUGAAGUCUUCAAUUGCCCACAAAACAGUUCCAUGAAUCGACAACACAAGUGCAGCUUGUGGGACUAAUUGUGAAACAUUUGUAGACUUUGUACGAAGUAUAGAUUCAAAUGAGAUGUUAUUUUUUAACGUUGGUUUGCAAUACAAAGUAAUGGUGUCUUUUUCAUUAUUUUUACUAUUUAUAAGCAAUAAAGUGAAUGUUGUUUUAACGCAAAAA